AUGACCACUUCCUCUUUUCUGACCUCUGUGGCAAUUUUUACCUUGAUUACCUUCCAUGUCGGUGCUCUGGACACAUUUAUAGCUGCAGUGUAUGAACAUGCUGUCAUCUUGCCAAAUAAAACAGAAAUAACUGUUUCUCAGGAUGAUGCUUUGCUUCUCAUGAACAAAAAUAUAGAUAUUCUGGAGAGAGCAAUUAAGCAGGCAGCUGAGCAGAAUGCUCGAAUUAUUGUGACUCCAGAAGAUGCACUUUAUGGGUGGGAAUUUACCAGGGAAACCAUUUUCCCUUAUCUGGAAGAUAUCCCAGACCCUCAGGUGAACUGGAUUCCAUGUAAAGACCCCCACAGAUUUGGCCGCACGCCAAUACAAACAAGACUCAGCUGCCUGGCCAAGAACAACUCUAUCUAUGUCUUGGCGAAUAUUGGGGACAAAAAGCUAUGCAGUUCCCAUGACUCCGCAUGUCCUUCUAAUGGCUAUUAUCAAUACAAUACCAAUGUGGUAUAUGAUACAGAGGGAAAACUGGUGGCACGUUACCAUAAGUAUCACCUCUACCAUGAGCCUCAGUUUGAUGUCCCUGAAAAGCUGGAGUUGGUAACUUUCAACACCACCUUUGGAAGGUUUGGCAUUUUCACAUGCUUUGAUAUACUCUUCCAUGAUCCUGCUGUUACUCUGGUGAAGGAUUUCCACGUGGACACCAUACUGUUUCCCACAGCUUGGAUGAAUGUUUUGCCUCUUUUGACAGCUAUUGAAUUCCAUUCGGCUUGGGCAAUGGGAAUGGGAGUUAAUCUUCUUGUGGCCAACAUACAUCAUAUCAGGAAAAACAUGACAGGGAGUGGUAUCUAUGCACCAAGCUCUCCUAAAGUUUACCAUUAUGACAUGGAAACUGAGUUGGGAAAGCUCCUCUUUUCGGAGGUCGAUUCACAUCCCCGAGUCUCUUCUGCUGACUCAACAACCAUGAACUGGAGUGCCUACGCUACGGCCAUCAAACCAUUCCCAGUACAGAAAAACACUUUCGGGGGAUUUAUUUCCCGGGAUGGGUUCAACUUCACAGAACUUGCUGAAUAUGCAGGAAAUCUUACAGUCUGUCAAAAAGAGCUCUGUUGUCAUUUAAGCUACAGAAUGUUAAAACAAGAAGAGAAUGAAGUGUAUGUUCUAGGAGCUUUUACAGGAUUGCAUGGCCGAAGGAGAAGAGAGUAUUGGCAGGUAUGCACAAUGCUGAAGUGCAAAACUACUAAUUUGACAACUUGUGGACGGCCAGUAGAAACUGCUUCUACAAGAUUUGAAAUGUUCUCCCUCAGUGGCACAUUUGGGACAGAAUAUGUUUUUCCUGAAGUGCUACUUACUAAAAUUCAUCUGUCACCUGGAAAAUUUGAAGUGAUAAAAGAUGGGCGUUUGGUAAACAAAAAUGGACCAUCUGGGCCUAUUCUAACAGUGUCACUGUUUGGGAGGUGGUACACAAAGGACUCGUUUUACAAGUCAUGUGGGACCAGCAAUUCAGCAGUAACUUACCUACUAAUAUCCACAUUAUUAAUGGUUGUAACUUGGCAAAAUGUUGUAAUGGUAUAA